GCUCACAUGUCUCAUGUGAUAAGCGGGCGAUCAGUUGAAAAGUAAACAUUCAAUGAUAACAGUUCGUAUUGUUAGAAAAUCGGCGUAAUUAGGUGAGAUAAUUCUUCUCGACUCCAUGCCACUGUACCAAGAGCAUAAGGUAAGCCAAAAAUGAUGUCCAUGGUCAAUCCCACCAACCAGUUCUACGAGGGUUGCGGUCGCGAGGGACCGAUUCGAUGUAUUCUGCUCAGUGAGUUUCAUGCCACGGCUGGGUCGAAAAUUUGCUGCCAGGUGCCGGACAACUACAUCUCCAAGGAGGUGUUCGACUCGAUUCGAUUUUUCAUCAUUCCCAAGCCGCAGCUGCAGCGUUGCACGCUGACGGUGAAUGCUCUCGGUCACAAAGUGAUUGGUUACCCGGUGCGAAUUGACCACCAGCGCUAUCCGCGCAAUGCAUUCUAUUUCAAUCUGUGCUUCGUGUGCGAUAGUUGGGCACGUUCCGUGCAGCACGAGCCAGUCGUGAAAAAGCUCUCCGAGUACCUACUGAUGAUGGAAGAGGAAACGGCAUUCCUAUCCAAUCCGGAAAAUAAUUCGCGCAUUCAACACUUGCUCGGUUGUAUUCUACGCGAUCUGAACGAGAAACAGGUGGCCACAAUCGUGGAGGGUGAAACGACAAUUUAUUUAAAAAUACUUAAACUGAAACCGGAUCCCCCACCGGUGCAAGAUCAUCUGGUUCCGCUGAUAUGCAAGGGCUUCGAGAACAUUUCGAUGGAGGCGUGGGAUUUGACGACGCAGCAGGUGGUUCCGUUUAUCAACGGGAUUAAUCAUGUGGCACGAAUCGCGGCGGAAGCCGACGUCGAGAAUCAACUGGUCAAGUCGUGCAUUCAGAAUCUGGUGUACUACGGAGUGGUUCAGCUGCUUCCACUGUUGAAGUAUAGUAACGUGUACAUGUGCACGCGAAACCUGCAGAAUCUGAGCAAGGAUCGUCAGUUUGCCGAAGACUGCCGCCGGUAUGUGCGGAUUGAAAGCGAGAAGGAACCCCAGCGGAUGCUACCGUCGCUGCACAAAAUUCUUUCCUUUUACUCGCAGAUGACGCACGGCGUCACGUUGCGGGCGCUUUGCCAGCGGCUGUGCCCCCGGGAUAAUGGGAUUGACGAGCGGAAGUUGGUUACUUUUGGGCUGCAGCACUGUUUGAUACGGUGCAUCAACAAGUAUCCCGUCUUUACUGGUUCGUAUCCAAACGCGCGGCACAAGUUGUACACCGGGCUGAACAGUUUGGAUGAGAUUUGCUGCAAGACGGGGCUGUCGCCCCGGCGGAUUGAAGAAGAUAUCGAUGUGGAUUCAAAUGUUACCGUUAUUUGGAAAUAAGGUAAAGUAUAAGAAGACUGCCAUACAUGAA